GCUAUUCCUUUGUUCCGCGCGCACGGUCGUCGUCGACCGAGUGUCGAGGUGUAUGCGCGCUACGCAAUAAUAGUGUCUCUCGCGGUCUUGUGCGUGUGAUUUAUUUUUUUUUUUUUUCGUAUACAAUUCCUUCCCUUCGGUCUCUCAACACGUUAUUCACGUUGACUACGUUGAAAACACACACAUACUUAUAUAUAUAUAUAUUUAUAUAUCUCAUUAGUUAUAUUAUAUAAAUUGUUGUCGAUCGAAAACGACUCCAAGAGCGCAUUAGUUUAUAAUUGGUAGAGUAUAUAAAGAUAAUAUUUAUGAGUUUGGUUUUCCGAAAUCGCGUUUCGCCCGCGUCGUAGAAUACCCAUACCUUCCGAAGACGUACAUCAAAUAAUAUCAUUUCGCAGUCACGGCACAUCCUCGUGAAUCCGAAACUACUAUUUCACGUCGGUAACGGUUUUAAGCAGGAUAACCCCAAGCGAGUUAUUAUCGUUUCGCCGGAUCAUUGCAAUAAUCUCAGCAGCACACUAAAAAUAAAUUAAUAUACGUAAUAUUCGUGUAUUUAGUAGUUAGUGUCAGGUUGUGUGCUACAGAAAAAAAAAAGUAAACUCCACAAACUGUCUUACAUGUGCUGCACACUAUGUCGUGGUUCAAUUUUUGCACGGAGAACCUCCAGAAAAGGUGCUGUCGGUACCUACUACAGCGGUAUGUUGGACGUUUUCUUGAGCACAAAAUUGAACCUGAUCAACUGUCUAUAAAUGUGCUGGAUGGCGCUGUAUCUAUUGAAGAUAUUAUCCUUGAUGUACAGGCACUGAAUGAUGUAGGAGAUGAACACCAACUACCAUUUGAAUUUGUUGAAGGUAGUGUAGGCAAAAUAUCCCUAUCGGUGCCAUGGAGAAAUAUGCUCAAAGAAUCUAGCAUCAUCCAUGUUGAUGGACUCAGUCUUACUGUCAGGCCCAAUGUAAAAGAAACCGAAGGAAUUCCUAGUUCAAUGUUAGAAUCAGUUUGGUCAUCCAUGUCAAAUAGUGUAUAUUCUUCACCAGACAGUGAUUAUGAAGAAAGUUUUGACAAUGCGCCUGAGUCUGAACAAGUUUCUGGUCUUGAAGUAUUCGCUCAAGCUAUAGAAUCUAUAUUGAAUAGAAUUAAAGUGAAAUUUUCAAAUACUGUGAUAAAGUUAGAAUAUACACCUGAUUUUAUGAAAUUAGGAUUAGGAUUACAAUUACAUAUUAUAAGUUUAGAUUAUAUUGAUGAAGUGGCAGAUGAAUCAAAUGAAGGAAUAAUAUAUGAUAGCUUAGCUUUCCUAACCAAGAAAUUAGUAAUUGAAGGAGUUUUUCUACAGACAUAUGAGUUUAAAUGUUCAAAAUUGAAUGAUGGACCUCUUUUAAGAACAAACAUCACAGAGCCAAUAACAAUUGCUGAACUAACUGGUACUCAAGCUAUUGGAAUGGUACUUAAACAUAAUCCUAGUCUUCCUGGUCCAAAAUUGAGCCUAGAAAUAAAUUUUGGACCUCUAAAUAUUAUUUGCUCUCCAAGACAAAUGUAUUUAGUCAUAGAAAUUUUGCGUGGCAUAUCUAAGCCAUUAAUAGAACAAAAACCAAAUGCUCCUGUUCAAAAACCAAUGAGCGAGUCUGAUUUUAAUCAUAUUGAACAAGAUUUAUACAAUCAUGUUGAACCUAGAUCUAAUACUGAUGUAGGUUUGAGAGGAAUGCAAGGAUGGUCAAAUUUGCAAGAUGAUGACGAAGAAUUUUUCCCAUUACAAGGUGCUAAAAACAAAACUUUUGUACCUAGUAUGAAUUCAUCAAUGACUUCCAGUAUGAGUAGUAUAACUAGCAGUAAAUCUGAUUUGUCUUCCCGUCACAAUAGGCAUAAAAGUAGAGGUAAAAAUGAAUGGUUAGGGGAAACAAACCAUUUUAGUGUUCAUCUAUCUUCAUUAUGUGUGGUUUUGCUUCAUGAGGAUAUUCUUGCUAUUUGUCCAGAAACUGAUAGUAUAACUCAGUGUUCUCUUAAUGAAAUGCGUAAAAUAUCUCAUCAAUACCUCAUGGUUGUUCAAAAUUCUAACAUAAUUAAAGAUUGUGAUAAAAUCACUAAAUCUAUUGAAAGAAAUCAUUUGAAGCUUGUUGCAACCAAUGUAACUAUGGAUGGUGAUGAAAAAACUAAUGAGACUGUAAAAAAUGUUAAUAUAACUGCUUCGGGAGCUGAUGUAGUAUUAAUGGAAGUUCUUGUUGAAACUGUAGAGGAACCUAUCCAGUAUAUUCCAAUUUUAAAAUUUGUUCAAAAUUUAAAAAAUUCUAAGAUCACAAAAACAUCUGACCAGCCAGAUAUUCAAAUUCAAUUCAAACAUGAAACUAAGUCUACGAGAUACUGUAAUCCUGUUUCUUCACAAAUAAAAAUCACUAUGUUAGAAGCAUUUUCUGAAGUAGAUAUUUCUAUUAUUAAUCGUUUAUCAUCAUAUAUUUACUAUCCAGAUUUUAAAAUCCCUAAAAAAAGUCCAUUAAAUAUUUCUCAACCUCAAUUUAAUGAAGUUAUUGAAUCUGUUAAUGAUACAAAUAUAAGUUGUUCUAUACAUUUCAAUUAUCUGGUCAUUAAAUUUCGGUUUCCUAUUCCUGAUUUGCGACCAUUAAGUGAUAUUAAUCGCUUACCCUGGUGGAAGCGUAUAUUGAGAGAUGAUAUUUUGUGGCUGUAUUUAUCUGAUGCUGAAGGUUCAUUUACAAAAGUAUCGCAACAAGAUAUUACUACUGGUUUUGAAGUUCAAUGCCGGACUAUUGAAGCUUCAUUUCAAGAAGAAAAUAGCAAUAAUAUAAUUCCUAUUGCUAAGUGUAAAGGAUUUGAUGAUGAUUUAAAAGUUAUCAGAACGGAAGCUAAGCGUAGACCUAAAUUUGUAUUAAAAUUAUGUCCAGUUAGCAGUCAAAUUGAAACAAAAAAUGAAAAUAUAAAUGCUGAACAUAAUAUGACUAGUAGUGUUUAUGUUGAAUCCUAUAAAAAACCAUCACCAUUUGCUUCCAAAAAAAUAAUGAGACAAAGAAAUCAUCAUUCUGAUUGUAAUGAUCAAGGACGAAAACUAGGUGAUGGAGAAGAACAAGUAGUUCCCGGUUCUAGAGAAGAAAUUAUGGAAUUUGUUGAAAAUACCAAUAAUAAUGCUAAAGUGUAUUUAGACAUAAAUGUACCUUGUUUAUUUAUCACAUUGCCUUCCAAGCAUUUAUAUGAAACUAUUUACAAUAGAUUUACAAAUGAUUUAUUCUUUUGGUCUCCAUUAUUUCCUACUCCUACAUCACGUGGAAAUGAUACAACCAGAUUAUCACAUAUAUUGAAUAAAACUCGUUUUUUUGCACCUUGCAAAUCUGGAAUUCAAUUUGAUUCAGAAAGUGAAUCAGAAGAUGAAACAUCUGAUGUUUAUUAUUCAUGUGGGCAAUCUAACAUGAAUAUUGCUGAUCCAAUGAUUAAAAGAACUGAAUUUUGCCUCAAUUUAAAUGUAGCACAAGGCUUGUUUACUAUUGUUAUACAGUCAAGAGAUCGUUCCGGGAGAGUUAUACCUCAACAUUAUGGUGAAUUACAAAUAACAUUUGAAGAUCUUUAUUUAUACUUAGCAGCUGGAUAUGAAAAUACACCUAGACAUAAUUUUAUUUGUAUCCAAGCUAAUAAAUUCUGUUUAAGUCAUGAAAACCUUUCCUCAAAUAGUAGUAAUAUCUUGACUCAAAAAGAAGUAAUAAUACGAAAAAAUAAACUAUUAAAACGUGUUUUAUAUAAAAUACCCGAUGGUAUGGAUUUUAAAGAACGUUUGAGUAUGGAUAAGUCAGAUAUGUUAACUGUUGUGGUUGAAAUAUCUGUUUGUGAUCACAUAAAAACAAUAAGAGUGGCAAAUGAAAUAAAAGGCACUGCAUUAAGACAUAUAUUUAGUGUUGUUGCACAAAGUUGGUAUUACCAAUUAUCUGAUUUCUUUGAUGUUGUGGAUUAUCCAGUAGCUGGAUAUGAAUCUCCACAUGUAAUCACUGAACUACAUCAACAUAUUACUGAUUGUCUUAUUGACUAUAGGCCUCUUCAUUUAUCAUACCAAUGUGUACUUACUGUUGGAAAUUUCAGUUUAUCAAGUAAUAUUGUUGCAAGAUCUAAAGCAUCAACCCUUCAAAUAGUAUCUGAAGAUGUUGCUUUCUUUAUUUCAACCCAUUUGUCCAAAGCUGAAAAUGUUGAUUUAAUAUCAAAUUAUAUUUGUGUUAUGGACUUGGGUGUUUUUGAACUUUCUUUGAAACUUAGCAAGAGUGCCAAACAAUCAAAUGUUUUGGUACAACCUGAAGUAGAUUUGAGAAUGGCUGUCAAUGUUAUACAUAUUAGAACAUGUGCAGACUCUGCAUUUGCUCUUUGCCGUAUACUCAGUUAUUUAGCUUCUGAUGGGGAUAAAAGUGCUAUAGAAGAUGAAAUAACCGAGUUUGAAGGAGUAGAACAGGAAGAACCAGUUCUAUUAAAUCAAGUUGAUUCUGAUAAUAAUUCAUUAUCUAGUCUUAUAAUGGAAGCUAUGCAUGAAGAAUCUACAAAUAUUAAGAAAUCUAAAUACCCAAAUACUGCUAAAAAAUCAAACUUAGAUAAAGGUGCAAAUGAAAAUGAAAGUAAUAAAGGAGUUGAAGUCUUUUAUUUUCCGGAUGAAACCAAUAAAACAAUUACUCCAUCAGAUGUUCAACAUACUUUGGAAUCUGAAGAUGAAGAUGAUAAUAUUGAAAAAGAAUUUUGCUUUGUUGAACAUGAAGUUCAAAGCAAUAUUCCAGAAGUGCGAAUAUUAACAGAUACUCAAAUUCGUUUGGUUAAUAAUUAUUUUAAGCCUCCAGUUGGAAAAAUUGAUAUGCUCCAGGCCCCCAAAGAAUAUCCUACUCCUGUAGUUAGAUAUACAUUACGAGAAAUGACUUUAAUUUGGCAUAUUUAUGGUGGAACAGAUUUUGGUACUAAAACUAUUCAUAAUGAACUAACGAAACAUGUAACAAUUGUAUCAGAAACAAAUUCAUGUCCAACUUCCCCUAACACUUUGAGGCCUUCUCUUUCUCGAUAUUAUUCUCAGACCAAUAUAAAUGCACAGAAAAAUCCUACUUCCAAUAAAAAUAAAGGAUCAGCUAAGAUUUCUCAAGCCAGAACAAGAUUUUGUUGCAGUGUUUUACCCACCAGUUGGCAGGCAAAAGGUGGUGCAGGAAGACAACAUCAUGUGUUAAUGCAACUUCAGUUAAAUAAGGUACGAUUUCAACAAGAAAUUUACCCAUCUCACACAAAACAUGCCUUGAGGCAAGUGAUUCUGAUUCAAGACUUUGAGAUUCGAGAUAAACUUGCAUCUUCAAACAUAAAUAAAUUUUUGUACCUUUAUUCAAGUGAAGCCAUGCCUAAACAACAUGAUGCUAAUAUGCUUGUUGCUAAGGCGGCUCAUACACGACCUGAUUCAAAUUUAAAAGCUCAAGAGUGUUGUAUCAAAGUGUCUAUGUUACCAUUAAGACUCAACAUUGAUCAAGAUUCUUUAAUUUUCCUGAUCUCAUUUGUUAAUCAAUUUAAUUCGCUCAGUCAAAAAACCAAAGAUGAAAUAUUAAGUGAGAAGAAAAUGCCUAUAAAAACCGAGGAACCUAUAAUGACUUUAGGAAGUACCAAUGAAAGACAACAAGAUGUUACUUUUAAUCCGUUAAUUCAGCUGAACGAUGAAUUUGAUGAACAUUUUGGACAAAAAGAUAUACCUAAUAUUCCUAAACCUGAAACUGGAACAACUUCAAAUGAUUGUAAAACUCCUGUUUAUAUUCGACAAUUUGUGUUUUCUCCAGAUGUAACCAUACGUUUAGACUAUGAAGGCAGACAUAUUGACUUUAGUCAAGGUUCAUUAAAUGGUUUGCUUAUGGGUUUGGCACAACUCAAUUGUUCAGAGAUCACAUUGAAACGCAUCGUUCACAAGCAUGGUUUACUUGGCUUUGACAAACUAUUAACAUAUGUUACCCAAGAGUGGUUACAAGAUAUAAAAAAACACCAGCUUCCAUCAUUACUUGGCGGUGUUGGUCCAAUGUAUUCGUUUGUCAGAUUAAUACAAGGUAUUAGAGAUCUAAUACAGCUUCCUAUUGAACAAUACCAGAAAGAUGGAAGAAUAGUAAGAGGUCUACAAAGAGGUGCCAAUUCAUUUACUACAUCAACAGCUAUGGCUGCUCUUGAAAUAGCUACCCGAAUAGUGAAUCUAAUUCAGAGAGUAGCGGAAACUACCUAUGAUAUGGUAAAUCCUGGACCCAGCAUGCGACAAUUAAGACUACAAGAAUCUAAAAAAAGAAAUCGUCCCAAUAAACGAUCUCAUCCUGCUGAUAUUCGAGAAGGAGUAGCUGCAGCAUUUACAUUAGUCAAAGAAGGUCUUGGUGAAACUGCAGAAACUAUAGUCAGAGUGGCAAGUGAAGAGCAUGAAAUCAAGGGUACCGCUGGUAUGGUUGGUGGUGUCAUGCGGCAAAUACCUCCUACAGCUCUUACACCUAUUAUACUUGCCAGUCAAGCUACUUGCAAUGUCCUUCAAGGAGUUCGUUGUCAACUGGCACCAGAUGCUCGUGUUGAAGCAAUGCAAAAAUGGAGGUGUGAUUAAACAUUGAUUUACAUAUCAUAUGACCAAUAUUAUGUAUAUAUAGUAUACAUUCAUAUAUUUUUUUUUAAUGAUGUUUGUGCUUUUUGUUUCCGAAAUCAAAAU